UAUGCAUUUGAAGAAGCUGCUGGGUGAGUCACAAUAUGCACAAUAUGCCUCCUAAGACUAUGUUGUAACAGGUUACUAACGAUUCUUCAUUUCUUUAAUAGUUGCCAACAGAGGAGAAAUCCGUAAGUACUAUCUAUCUCAUCAUGCUCUACUAAAUGCAUUUGUCCAGAUCAUUUCAUUAACUUUUGACAGCAAUUCGAGUACGAUAUUACCCUUUAUGCAAACUAUGGAUUACUUGCGACUAAUGAUUAUUGUUGUGGUAUUAGAUUUUCAGAACGGCUCAUGAACUGUCGCUACACACCGUCGCAGUUUUUAGUUAUGAGGAUCGUCUUAGCAUGCAUCGGCAGAAGGCCGAUGAGGCCUACGUCAUUGGAAAACGAGGCCAAUAUACCCCUGUCGGAGCCUACCUCGCAGGCGACGAGAUCAUUAAAAUCGCCCUGGAACACGGCGUCCAGAUGAUUCACCCUGGUUAUGGUUUCUUAUCAGAAAAUGCCGAGUUUGCCAGAAACGUAGAGAAAGCUGGUCUCAUUUUUGUUGGUCCCUCUCCCCAAGUGAUCGACUCUCUUGGUGACAAAGUCUCGGCUCGAAGAUUGGCCAUUGCUGCGAAUGUUCCCGUGGUACCUGGAACUGAAGGGGCAGUUGCUGCCUUUGAAGAAGUAAAGAAGUUCACUGACGAAUAUGGAUUCCCCAUUAUUAUCAAAGCCGCCUAUGGUGGUGGUGGCCGAGGUAUGAGAGUGGUGCGCGACCAGGCAAGUCUCAAAGAAUCUUUUGAGCGAGCUACCUCCGAGGCCAAGACGGCCUUCGGAAAUGGUACGGUAUUUGUCGAGCGCUUCCUCGACAAGCCCAAGCACAUCGAAGUCCAACUCCUAGGUGAUAACCACGGUAAUAUCGUGCACCUAUACGAGCGUGACUGCUCGGUCCAGCGGAGACACCAGAAGGUGGUUGAAAUUGCACCCGCUAAGGAUCUUCCCGCCGCAACCCGAGAUGCCAUUUUGGCCGACGCAGUCAAGCUAGCCAAGUCCGUGAACUACCGAAAUGCUGGUACCGCAGAAUUCUUGGUCGAUCAGCAAAAUCGCUACUAUUUCAUCGAAAUCAACCCGCGUAUUCAAGUUGAGCAUACAAUUACCGAAGAAAUCACCGGUAUUGAUAUCGUUGCUGCUCAAAUUCAAAUUGCCGCGGGUGCUUCUCUACAGCAGCUCGGCUUGACUCAAGACCGAAUCUCUACGAGAGGUUUCGCGAUCCAAUGCCGAAUUACUACUGAGGAUCCCGCUAAACAGUUCCAACCUGAUACUGGUAAGAUUGAGGUCUAUAGAUCAGCUGGUGGCAAUGGCGUGCGUCUCGACGGUGGCAACGGUUUCGCUGGCGCGGUUAUCACGCCACACUACGACUCCAUGUUGGUCAAGUGCACAUGCCAUGGCUCAACCUACGAGAUAGCGCGCCGGAAGAUUCUUCGAUCCUUGAUCGAAUUCCGCAUCCGUGGAGUGAAGACCAAUAUUCCCUUCCUGGCUUCGCUGCUUACCCACCCAACCUUCAUUGAUGGCAACUGCUGGACUACGUUCAUCGAUGAUACUCCCCAGCUGUUCGAUCUUAUCGGCAGCCAGAACCGUGCCCAGAAAUUGCUAGCUUACCUAGGCGACAUUGCCGUCAACGGAAGCAGUAUCAAGGGCCAAAUUGGCGAGCCCAAGUUCAGGGGCGACAUCAUUCUCCCGGAACUUCUCAACGAUGAUGGUUCCAAGCUUAAUGUUUCGCAGCCUUGCCAGAAGGGAUGGAGACGAAUCAUUCUGGAGCAAGGCCCCAAGGCAUUUGCCAAGGCUAUUCGUCAAUACAAGGGCUGUCUACUCAUGGACACGACUUGGCGUGACGCUCACCAAUCUCUGCUAGCCACUCGUGUACGGACGAUCGACCUUUUAGGGAUUGCAAAGGAGACGAGUCAUGCCUUGCACAACUCGUACAGUUUGGAAUGCUGGGGAGGUGCGACGUUUGAUGUCGCUAUGCGUUUCCUCUACGAGGAUCCGUGGGACCGUCUUCGCAAGAUGCGAAAGGCCAUUCCCAACAUUCCUUUCCAGAUGCUGCUGCGAGGAGCGAAUGGUGUAGCUUAUGCUUCACUCCCCGACAACGCCAUUGACCACUUUGUCGAGCAGGCGAAGAGGAAUGGUGUUGACAUUUUCCGAGUUUUCGAUGCUCUAAAUGACAUUGAUCAGCUCGAGGUCGGCAUCAAAGCUGUGCAAAAGGCUGGUGGUGUGGCAGAAGGAACCGUGUGCUAUUCCGGUGACAUGUUGAACCCCAAGAAGAAGUACAACCUCGAGUAUUACCUCAACUUGGUUGACAAGCUAGUGGCACUGGAUAUUGAUGUCCUUGGUAUCAAGGAUAUGGCCGGUGUGCUGAAGCCUCGUGCUGCUACUCUUCUCAUCGGAGCCAUCCGAAAGAAGUAUCCUGAUCUUCCUAUCCACGUUCAUACCCACGACUCUGCUGGUACUGGUGUUGCUUCCAUGGUUGCCUGUGCCCAAGCUGGUGCCGACGCCGUCGACGCCGCCACGGACAGCUUGUCCGGAAUGACAUCGCAACCCAGUAUCAAUGCCAUCAUUGCAUCACUUGAAGGCACUGAUCUAGACCCCGGCUUGAAUCCUGCCCACGUCCGUGCUCUCGACUCCUACUGGUCGCAACUCCGUCUCUUGUAUUCUCCCUUUGAAUCCCACCUCAUCGGACCUGACCCCGAAGUUUACGAGCACGAAAUCCCCGGUGGUCAACUCACCAACAUGAUGUUCCAGGCUUCUCAGCUAGGUCUCGGCUCGCAAUGGGCUGAAACCAAGAAGGCAUAUGAACAUGCAAAUGAUCUCCUAGGAGACAUCGUCAAGGUUACGCCAACUUCCAAGGUCGUUGGUGACCUGGCACAAUUCAUGGUCUCCAACAAGCUUUCAUCCCAAGAUGUAGUUGACCGCGCCGGUGAGCUUGACUUCCCUGGCUCAGUCCUCGAAUUCCUUGAAGGCAUGAUGGGUCAACCGUACGGUGGAUUCCCCGAACCCCUGCGUUCCAGGGCCCUCCGUGGCCGCAGAAAGUUCGACAAGCGACCUGGUCUUUACCUAGACCCUGUUGACUUCAAGAAGACGCGCACUGAACUGGCGCAAAAAUGGGGACAGGUUACCGAGCCUGACCUCGCCUCGUACCUCAUGUAUCCCAAGGUAUUUGACGACUACAAGAAAUUCGUCCAGAAGUUUGGCGACCUGUCCGUCCUACCGACAAAGUACUUCCUUUCUGCGCCCCGAAUUGGCGAAGAAUUCCACGUUGAGCUUGAGAAGGGCAAGGUUUUGAUCCUGAAGUUACUUGCCGUCGGACCUCUGUCUGAGAACACUGGUCAGCGAGAAGUGUUCUACGAGAUGAACGGUGAGGUCCGCCAAGUCACUGUAGAGGACAAGAAGGCCAGCGUCGAGAAUGUCAGCCGCCCCAAGGCCGACCCUGGUGACUCGAGCCAGGUUGGUGCUCCCAUGGCUGGUGUCUUGGUCGAAUUGAGAGUCCAUGAGGGUUCUGAAGUCAAGAAGGGAGACCCGCUAGCUGUGCUCAGCGCCAUGAAAAUGGAAAUGGUUAUCUCAGCUCCGCACAACGGCAAGGUCGCUGGUCUUCAAGUCAGGGAAGGCGAUUCAGUCGACGGGUCAGACUUGGUUUGCAAGAUUACUAAGGGCUAAACACACUGCUACUGUUCAGAACAUAGCCUAUCGUUUCGGGGGUUUUCAACAAUGGAGCAACGGUAUCGGUUACUCGAAGGGUUUUGUUGGGUGUGUGUUUUAGUUACCUAGGGAUGGAAUUAGAAUGUUUGGUUCGGAGUGGACUGUUCCCGCCGUGCGUGCUCUUCAGUUUUAUCCCAUGAAGCAAAAGAAAAAUACCUAGGUUUAAAACUUAUUUUUUUAACGAGUCAAGUUCAAAUUUGAAUAUUCCCUCUUUUAUCUUAGAUGCAUGCUUGCAUGAUAGUUACCUAUUCCCGUGCCCGGCCUUCUGUCUUACUCUACUGCUACUGCUACUGCUACUGCUACUACUGCUACAACUCCCCCCCAAAAUCCACAUCCUCCAACUCCACAACCGGCAACAAGGCCAUGUGCAGCUUGCUGCUCCCGUACGGCACAAACCGCGCCACGAACGGCUCCCCCACCGCCUUCACGUCGAACGUCCCCGGGUCCGCCGCCGAGUCCAAGGCCACGGGCCACUCGAUCUCCACGGCGGCG